GUCGGCUCGUCACAUCUGCAUUCCUCUCUGUCUACGAUGAGUUCUUGCAGUGAGAUCGGGGAUGCCAUGGAACCCAGUAGCAGAGAGCACGUGACCCCGGAGAUGAACAAGCUUCGUCAGAGCCUAAGAAGGAAGAAGCCCACCUAUGUGCCCGAGGCCAGCAGACCACAUCAGUGGCAGGCAGACGAGGAGGCUGUACGCAAAGGCAAAUGUAACUUCUCUGUGCGGUACCUAGGCUUGGUGGAGGUGGAGGAGUCUAGAGGGAUGCAUGUGUGCGAGGAGGCGGUGAAAAAGCUGAAAAUUAGUGGAAAAAAGACAGUCAAGGCAGUAUUGUGGGUCUCAGCUGACGGACUCAGGGUGGUGGAUGAUAAAACGAAGGACCUCAUUGUGGACCAGACCAUAGAGAAAGUCUCCUUCUGUGCUCCUGAUCGAAAUUAUGAUAAGGCGUUCUCCUAUAUCUGCAGAGACGGCACCACUAGACGUUGGAUGUGCCACUGUUUCAUGGCACUCAAAGACUCGGGAGAGAGACUGAGCCAUGCAGUCGGCUGUGCCUUCGCCGCAUGCUUGGAGAGAAAACAGCGCAGAGAGAAGGAGUGCGGCGUGACGGCAUCUUUCGAUGCCAGCCGCACGUCAUUUGUACGCGAGGGCUCUUUUCGCGCUAACUCUGCUUGCGGUCAUCACGGAAGCGGCAGUGACCGAGAAGACAAACUGCAGGAUAAGAACAAAGACCAGCCGUCUGUUCAUGUAGCUCUGCCCCCGGGUACGGCCUCCCCACCCGAGGGCACAGCAGAACCCGGUGGGCCUCACGCCAUCCCCCGCCGCCACGCACCCAUCGAGCAACUGGUGCGUCAAGGCUCAUUCCGUGGAUUUCCUGCUCUCAGUCAGAAGAACUCUCCCUUCAAGAGACAGCUGUCACUUCGGCUCAAUGACCUGCCAUCCACAUUGCAACGCAAGACCGACUUUGAGGCCAAGAACCCUGUACUAGAAGUGGAAAUGAGUUUGUCUGGUGAGGGAGAUAUCAAUGCCCUGUGCAGCCAGAUCAACACAUCCUUUACGAAGCCGUCUGAGGACCCUUUCUCCAAUCCUUGUUCAUCUGCAAUUGGCUUGCCAACUUGUGUUGUGCCACCAGCCCUGCCUCCUCCUCCAGCACCAACGCAGGCUACAUCUUCUUGGGUUCAACCUGAUCCUCCUCUCCACUCUCCCCCUCCAGUGUCUGUAGUAAUGCAGACUGGACACAAACGUACUCCCUCGGAGGCAGAAAGAUGGCUAGAAGAGGUUUCUAAGGCAGUUAGGUCUCAGCAGACACCCCCACCAGGUCCCACCAUCCCUACUAUUCCAGGGCCACCAACUGUGUCAAGUCAGCAGAUGUCGAGCCUGGCCCCGGUGUCAAGUAUUUCAAUGUCGCUCGGUACUAUGGCCAAACCCCUGAUUGCCGGCCCCUCUGUUCUCCCAGCUCAGGCACCAAUGCCCCUACCGCCGAUGUCCAUAUCAUCAGUCCCCCUGAUACCCGGUCCUCCAAUUUCAAGUCCCCCUAUGUCUUUGCCUUCAAUGUCCAUCCCAACAAUGUCUGGUCCAAGUAUGUCAGGAGCUCCUAUGAUCCAGCCCUCCAUCCCGGGGCCCCGAGGCUCCCUCCCAAGCGUCAUGCAACCCUUUCCUUUGGCCUUCGACGCUACUUCGGCUCCUGUUGGGAUGUUCGCCAGCCAGCCUGUCCAACCAGCUUUUGUUCCAAUGCAAACCUAUAUGCCAGGCUUGGCUAGCAGUAUGACCUACCCUAGUGUCAGCGUACCUGUUGUAGGAAUCACACCAUCACAAAUGGUGGCUAAUGCCUUCUGCACGGCAACUGGCUCAUCUGGUGCCGGAGGAGGUGCCAUUGGCUCCGGUGUCGGUGGGCCUAAAGUAGGUAACCUCGGAGCAGGAGGCACUCACCACCCUUAUUCAGGAAUGCCCACCGGAGGCUUUUCCACACCUUUCUCCGCCACUCCCCCACUUUCAACAGCCAUAAAUGGUCUCCCGGCACACAGCGGUGCCCCAGCAGCCCUUCAGAAUGGCAACUCUAACAGUGGCGGGAAUUGUGGCAGCACUAGCUGCUGGCCACCAGAAGGCAGCCAGCUGACUGCUCCUGUGACUAGCAUUCCCCAAGAUGAUGACCGUUUUGAGGCCAAGUGGGCAGCACUCGAGAGCACGAACACCAAACCAGCAGCUCAGGCACCUGGAAGUAAAAGUCCAGCAGCGGCAGCAAACCCAUUUUCGAACAACCUGCAAAAGACUUUUGAGAUAGAGCUCUAA